AUGAGCAGGAGGACAAUUGUUGUAGAUACAAAAUCAGUAGCAGAGAAUUCUCUGAAAUGCGAGUCACCAAUGAAGACCGAGAUCGAUGGUCUCAGCGAUAGAGAAUUCAUAGACCAGGACAUCAGUAUGGAAAAGGUAGCACAGCAAGAACGGCAAGCGCUUCCCGGUGUGACAAGUCUUAUGGGUAAUCAUCAUUUACGCCAAGCAUCCUUGAGUAGCAAUGUGUACAGCCAAGAACUCCAGGAGGCCACUCAGGUAAAAAUAAUGGACCUGGACUCGGCCAGAAUAGAUGAGAGCGCCCAACGUUUCCACACUCCUGAUAUGAAAUACCUGGCCAUCAAAGCUGACACAGAGAAGACAGGAUUCAUGUCGCAAGAACAAGUUAAUUCUGAGACUUACAAAGAAAGAGUUAAUCAUAGCAUGCAGGAACACAUAGUUACUCCACUAAAAAAAACUGGAACUGAACUUAUUUCACCGGAAACACCCCUAACUAUUGGCGCCCUCGACGAUCGUGCUGUCUCCGAGCACAAAUUACAGUUGGCUUUUGAGGAUCAUCGGGGAUUUGUGAAUAAUUCUCGCAUGUGUUAUCCAGGGAACCUAAUUGAACCUCUGUCACCAGCGACAGCACCCAGCAACACAUAUCUAGAUGCUACUGGUAACGUUCUAGACAGAAGUCCCGUUAAUUAUAGCUACCAGAACUAUCUGUCUAGCUGGGAGCAAGAAAACAAUAGGUUUUUCAACAUGACUUGGAGAAAUGAUGUCUACACAGAGAAAGCCAUUGCUUGUCUCAACCCAGGAGACAUUGGUAGUGCCAAAAAGCUGGCAAAGAACAAUAGUAUUGUUAACAAUAUCAACAUCGACAAUUGUUGCUUCAGUAAGACCUUCAUGACGGAUUCUUCCUGUAGCAGUCUCGGUUCUAAUGGACGAAGGCGACGAAGACGUGUACAAACUCCUGUGCAGAGAAGUGCGGCUAACAUGAGAGAACGCAGGCGAAUGUGCCAUCUCAAUGUAGCAUUUGAUCGUCUGAAAGAACGUCUGCCAAAUAUAAAGAAUAAGCAGAAAUUAUCCAGAAUACAGACGCUGAAGGCUGCAAUUGAUUAUAUAAAUCUUCUCAGAGAUUCUCUGAGCGUGCGAUAA